AUGGUUGUACUGCAAGUAAAGAAAAAGCUUCGGCGAAUUGAGCCGACGAGCCACGAGUGGGUCGUCGCCAGGCUACAGUCGGUCUCACUACCGUACUACGCCAUUAGAUGUUUCACAUCAAAAUGUAACAUUGUUGAUAUAAUAUUUUCAUGUCAUAAAUUUCUAAUAGCUGAAUUGAAGAGCGUUGAGCUUUCGGAAUAUGAAUCUGACGUUUUAAGCUAUUUGAAAGAAAAAGUUCCUGCAGAUAAAGAUCUAAGUGAAAAUAUAAAAGAAUUCGUAAAAGAACACAUGAAGUAUGUAUUAUUUGAUUCUGUACAAGCUUACCAUACAACUCUAAUACAACAAUUAAAUAAUAUCGAAAAAGAUUUUAAAAAGGAAUUCUGGACUACAAGAAAAUGGUGUAUGAUUAAAUUUAAUAUUACCGAUAAGGAUUUAAGCAGCAUGAAGAUAAUAGAAUAAAUAUUAGUUUUAUUGUAAUGUUAUUUAUAAUUUUUGUUAUAUUUUAAAUACAUAUCUAUAUAAUAUAAAUAAAACAGGGUACCUAUAUAUAACUCCCUUCUGAUAAAUAUAAAUUAUUAAGUUUAUUAUACAUGUAACUAAAUCGUUGCU